GAAAUCCCUACCAGCGUGUACGGAGAUAAGCUGAGGGAGCAGGUGGAGGAGCGCCUGGCGUUCUAUGAGACCGGGGAGGCUCCACGCAAGAACCUUGAUGUCAUGAAGGAGGCCCAAGCUGAGGCCACAGAAGUUGUGUCGGAGAUAAGGAGGAAACUGGAGAAGAAAGAACGGAAGAGGAAGAAGCGGGAAAAGAAGAGGCUGGCAGAGUUGGAGCAGGAAGAGUCUGCUGCAGCGCAAAACACAGAGGAAGUGGAGGAGAAGCCCAAGAAAAAGAAAAAUAAGCCGGAGGUAGUGGAGGAAGAGUUGGACAGCCAAGAGGAGGAACAGGACAACUACGAAGAGCCAUCCAGCAAGAAGAAGAAAAAGAAACUGGAGGUGGCUGAGGUGUCUGAUAACGAGAAGGCGGCUUCCAGCAAGAAGAAGAAGAAACGAAAGUCUGAUGCGGAGGUGUCGGAGAACGGCUUAGAGGAAGAGGAACAGACCCCCAAAAAGAAGAAGAAACCGUCCACAGUGGAGACUCCGGCCACAGAACACAAGAGAAAGAAGAAAGCCAAAGUGCGCCAUGAGGAGGACGACUGA